AUGAAGUCGUUCACUGUUCUUCUUAUUUCAUGUUCAUGUGUUCUGCUUCUUCUUCCAAACAAUGAGGCUAUUAUUUUGGACAAACUUGUUAACAUUAUUUUCCCCAGAGGUACAAAAGCCCCGCCCGUGGCUGGGCCAACACCUAUCAAUAUCGUAGAGCCUGAAAACAGUGCCAUUGUAGAUAACGCCACGGAGGCAGGGGAGCCUGUCGGAACGUCCGCGGGGCCCCCCGCCCACAGUGAGGCCGCGUCGACUGUACAGCCCACUGAUUAUACUACCUUACCGUCCACUACCGAGUCUGGGAACGAUACUUCCAAAGUUCUUAUCACGGCGCCGGCGUCCAAAUGCCCUGCAGGCCAGAGAAGGAACCACCGGGGCAUUUGUGUCAGUGUCAUCGUGCGACGUGCCAGCUCCCGAGAUGUCUUUUCGGAAGAUAGGAUUUUUGGUAUUAGCAACACUACUUUUUGUAAUGUGUGCUUUCUGCACGGCAGCACCUACUUCUUCUCAAAAUGGUACUCUUCAAGGCAAUAUUAUCAAUCUGCCGGUGCGCGGUGCUUGCGCCCCGAAUCAGAGACUCAACAGUGUGGGGCUUUGCAGAAGUUCAUGGUGAGCUUUUGGCGCUUGCAAGGGCGUGAGUGGACGACGAGCCGAGGGAGAGCGGCGAUGCAGCGCUGGGGCGCAGCCUGUGCAGCUGGGGAGGGCUGCGCGCAAGCGAUCACCCUCUCCUCGCUGCCACCAUCCUCCACGCCGACCAUAUUUAGAUAGCAAAUAGGAGGGUGAUGCUCAAUAAAACCAAGUUCCUCGAGCAACGUCAGAUGAACGCCAAGAUUAUUGCAUCAUAUUAAAUGCAUUAAUUUUAAAUAUACUCACUCUAUAAAUCAACCAGCCACAUUACUGUACAAUAGAGAAAUGCUUCAAUAUUUCUUGAGUAGAAUAAUAAAGAAGUAUUUUUUUCUGUUUCAAGCAAUUUUAAUUUGUGCUCUUGUUUACAUUCCUCGCUUUGGAUUCUCUGAGUCUUCAGUAAAGAUUUCCAUUUAAUGUGUGUUGUACUUCAGUUUCUAAGACUAUUGUCCCCCAGUUACAAUUUAAGACAUUGUAAUAAUAAAUAAACAUAAUAAAUUGUUUAUGGUGAAAAAAUACUGAGUUUCCUAAAUAUCCCAAAAGAGUUCUUUAAUAGACACUUAUAAAUGGUUUGAGGCACUUUUAAUAUAUGUACUAUAUAAAUCAGUGACGAAGCCAAAAUGACAUUUCAUCUCCCUUUAUUAAAGCCAUCUUUCUCACAAAUGUAACAUUCCCAAUUCUAUUACAGGAGUA